UCCACGCAUUACAAUUAAAUGAUGCAAGUCGCAUGUAACCGCACUGGUGUGGAAUGUGUUUGGCGUAAUCCGUUCCGGGUUUUCCCUCGGCUCUAACUGGAUGAUUUGUGUGGAUACGGAGCACACGGGGCUGAUAGAGGAGAGAGACGGGCAUGGAUCCGUAGCUGCUGUGGCUGUCUGUCUCGUUUCUCGGGACUCUCGUUUUGCGAGCUUCGGGUCGUGCAGGUUACGUUUGAAUGAGAGAAGGAACACACCGCGACGGGAAACAAAGGCGCGACCGGUCCUGUGUUAAGAGUGCAAGCUGGCUGCGCGGCGGGGGAUGCACGGCCACAAUAGGGAAGACCACACUCUUCUGCUUUAGGAGGACAGUGUUGCAAUAACAUUUCCCCCCUGACAGACAAGCCUCGCAGCGGGAAGCAGGAAUUUGAAGCCGGACUUUACUUUUUUGUGAACAUGAUGACGGGCUUUGCAUUGGACGUUUAGGUGACUUGACGGGGAUCCAUUUCUUGAAAGCGCAAGUAACGUUAGGCAGAACGCACCGGCACAGCAAAGGGACGUUUAUUUUGAUUUUGUGCACACCACAGCGAUUUUGUAAGAAGCAACUUCAACAGAAAGCUAAAAAUAUUAUUGUUGUUGUUGUUUUUUGUUAUUAUUAUGUGCUCUGGGAAUCGCCAGCUGUGGGUGAAGUCACACUAGAAACGCUGUUUGACGUUAAUUCAUUUAUUUGGAUUUGGUUUCUGAAGAAUGUACUUACUUGAUUCUAAUUACCCGGAAAGGAUGGAGCGGGGUACGCCACAAAGAAAAACCGUGUACCGGAUAUCUUUGACAUUAGUGAAGAAGGAAAACCUGCAGGAUGGCGGAGGGUCGGCGCACCGGCGGCUGGAGAACCCUAAAGUGAGCGCGUACCGGCGGGAGGGGGUCUCUGAGCCUCAGCGGAGCUCUGCUCUGGAAGAACUCAAAGAAGUGGAGGACGAGACGGACGAAUUUUCUUCGCACUCAUACAUGAGGAACUUCAGGACCUUUAGUACUGGACAUCUUGAGUUGGGUAGGUUGAAAAUCUCAAGGAGGGCGCAGCAUUUACAUAAAGACAGAGAAUUAAAUGAAACGUGCAUCGUGCCAGAGAAUGGACAGAGGAAAGAAAACGGGGCACCAGUGCAGAAAAGGGCAGAAAGUGACAGAUUGAAAGGUGAUGCAGAGCAUGGAGAAAUUUCCAGCACUACUGCUGCUAAUGGAGAAAACGCAGGCAUUAGAAAGAAAGUCCUCAAGACCUCCCGGAGCACAGAGGAGACGGUCAGUACGUGGUCAGAUGAGACGUCUGGGGAGGCGAAGGGUGUCAGGACGGCCAAGGAGAGCUGCAUCUCCUCGUUGCUGGCUAAAGGGAAUGGGAAGUCACCCAAGCCUGCGCCUCAAACCCCUCCGCCGAAGAAGCACCCGAGCCUGCUGCGGAGGAGUUUCAGCUUUCGCCACUGGACUGGUGGAGAGUUGAUCCGCAUACGGGCACUCUCCAAAGAGAAGCACCACAGCAGCUCGGGCUGCAUCGUCCGUAACGGAGAGGAGAGUCAGGCCCGAUCCGCCGUGGUUCUGCAAAACAUGACGUUCGAAGAGUCAGAGUCCUCCGAGAAGCGAAACACUUUGGAUGUGGGUGAGGUUCUGAGCAAAACCGACUCUACGAUGGAGCCGGGCCGCAGGGAGAGGAUGAAGGGCAAGAAUCGGACAUUGGACAACAGCGAUCUUCUCAAGAUGUCGGAUAAAUCUUUGGUGGACAAGGAGGGAUUUAUUAGAGGGACGGGCUCCCGUUCAAGCGGGCAGGAACGUAAACUUAUUCGAUUUUUCAGCGGUAUCUUCUCAAAGCGAGAUGGGACGUCCACGCCGCUUGGCAGCCCGGGUAAUCGAGCUCUCCGGAAGAACGGCCUGCUGGGAACUCAGCGCAGAUCUGAAAUGGGCUACUCGCAGUCCAGCAGUGAGAGUGUUAAUGGAUGCCAACCGGACGAUGCUUUUGUUAACAGUCAGGAAUGGACGCUCAGUCGUGCAGUACCGGAGCUCAAAGUGGGCAUUGUGGGUAACUUGGCCAGUGGGAAGUCUGCACUGGUCCACCGGUAUCUGACGGGGACUUAUGUGCAGGAAGAAAGCCCUGAAGCUGACGUGGACGCAGGAGGGCGUUUUAAAAAGGAGAUCGUGGUGGAUGGACAAAGUUACCUCCUCUUAAUCCGGGAUGAAGGGGGACCUCCGGAGGCUCAGUUUGCAUUGUGGGUGGAUGCGGUGAUAUUUGUGUUCAGUCUGGAAGAUGAGAUCAGCUUUCAGACUGUCUACCACUACUAUAGUCGCAUGGCCAACUUCCGCAACACAGCAGAGGUGCCCCUGGUGCUUGUGGGAACUCAGGAUGCAAUCAGUGCAGCUAACCCCCGUGUCAUCGACGACACGCGCGCUCGCAAACUGUCCAACGACCUGAAGAGGUGCACGUAUUACGAGACCUGUGCUACCUACGGCCUCAAUGUGGAGCGUGUCUUCCAGGAUGUGGCUCAGAAAAUAGUUGCAUCCCGGAAGAAACAACAACUCUCAAUCGGACCCUGUAAGUCACUGCCCAAUUCUCCAAGCCACUCCUCCGUCUGCGCAGCGCCUGUGUCUGCAGUGCAUAUCAGUCAGACCAGUAAUGGUGGAGGCAGUUUGAGCGAUUACUCCUCUUCCGUUCCCUCCACUCCCAGUACCAGUCAGAAGGAACUGCGUAUCGAUGUACCCCAAACUGCCAACACCCCUACACCCGUCCGCAAACAGUCCAAACGACGCUCCAACCUCUUUACGUCUCGGAAGGGAAGCGAACCAGACAGGGAGAAGAAAGGGAUGGAUGGCCGCGCAGACAGCAUUGGAAGUGGCCGCGCUAUCCCAAUUAAACAGGGCAUGUUGUUGAAAAGAAGCGGCAAGUCACUGAACAAAGAGUGGAAGAAGAAAUAUGUCACGCUUUGUGACAACGGAGUCCUCACGUAUCAUCCCAGUCUGCACGAUUAUAUGCAGAAUGUUCAUGGGAAGGAGAUCGACCUGCUUCGGACUACGGUGAAGGUUCCAGGGAAGAGGCCCCCCAGGGCCAUCUCCACAUGUGCGGCCCCCGGUCCCAAAACCAAUGGGUUGACCAAGGACAUGAGCAACCUGCAGCUUGGGCAGGCACCAGGCUCUGUGACCAGUAGUUCCUCAGCGUCUCAGAUGGCGAGUGGCAUCAGUCUGGUGUCGUUUAACAGUCGGCCGGACGGGAUGCAUCAGCGCUCAUAUUCUGUAUCCAGCGCUGACCAAUGGAGUGAUGCCACAGUCAUCGCCAACUCAGGAAUCAGCACGG